AUCUCCUGGUCUUAGCACUUAUGUAUUGAGCAGCUUGGCAUCUAAGCAAUGUAGUGUUGCGUAGGAAAUGGAAAGGUAUGUAAAUUGCAAUUUUAUCCAGUUUUCAGCAACACAAUACUAAUUUCGCACUUAAUAAAAGGCCGGACAAGUGGGCGAAAUAAACUACAAAGGUUUCCAUUUGGUACUAUUGAAUUAAAUUUUUGUAGUCUGAUUUAAAUGAAGCUGCUAUCAAAACUCAUCAAACACUUUCAGAAGUCUAUGCUGACGCUGCUUCAUCAAUUGCCAAUUGUCGAUUUUAGUCUCAACGGUUUAAAAGUUAUGAAUUUGAUGUCAAUGACAAAGAACGGCUUGGAGCACCAAGAAAGUUCUAAGAGAUUGGAUUGCAAGACUUUAUAUAAUUUCACACUUUCAUCGCAGGAUGACCUGUCCGUUCUGCUUAAAUAUGCUGGCUGAAGUGUGUGGCGAAAAGGUACUUUUGCUGGCUUCCGAUUGUGUUGCCAAUGUUCGUUUUAACGUAGCGAAAAGUUUGCAAGAAAUGUCACCUUAUCUUGAAAGCAGUGUUAUUGACACUCAAGCUAAACGUACUUUGGAAAAACUUAAUAGCGGUGUAGACGUCGAUGUAAAACAUUUUGACUCGGAAGCUAUGGCAGGAAUAGCAGCAGCGUAGACUAUAUCUAAGUGCAGUUAAUAAAUUGAGGCUCAAACUAGUCUUCACCAUUUUUGUCUAAAAAGAGAAUCUCAAUUACGUAUAAACCAAUCAUAAUUGUAGUAAAAAACGAAGUGUUGAAUCUGUGUGGAGAUCAAAACAAUUUAAAUGAUACUGAAUAAAAUUGUUAUGUUCUUUAAAGAUCCUUGAACUAAUUUCUUAUAUACCAUGCAUUUGCACGCUCUUCCUGUCGAAAAAUUAUAAAACGAAAAUGUUCUAUUUUAUUUUAUUUAAAAUUAAAAACAAACAAAAUUCUUGUGUAUACUUUUGUAAAAUUUUUCUUUAUAUCUUAUAAUAACUGCAAGUUUCCAUUCAAUGUAUAAAAAAAUUGCCGCCAUAAAAAAUAGCGAUUAAUCUUUAUGCAGUCGUUUAUUAAGGAAACUAACUCAUUUGAAAAUGAAGCAGUUAGGGUUUUCUAUAUAAUUUUUGACAAAAAAUGUU